AUGAAAAAGGCUCUGGGUCUAGGUUUUCUGUGUUUGCUGCUCUGGUCAGAGUCUGCGGAGGCUCAGUUUCCACGUGCUUGCUGCACAGUCCAGGGGAUCCUGUCCAAGCAGUGCUGCCCACCUCUUGGCUCAGAUCCUGCCAACGUGUGUGGCGUUUUGUCGGGGAGAGGAAGCUGUGUGACUGUUCAAGUCGAUGAGAAACCCUGGGGAGGACCAUACAGUCUGAGGAAUGUGGAUGACAGAGAGAGGUGGCCGACCAAAUUCUUCAAUCAGACUUGCAGAUGUAACGGUAACUUUUCAGGGUUUGACUGCGGUCAGUGUAAAUUUGGCUGGAUAGGACCUAACUGUGACCAGAGGAAAACCCCUGUGGUGCGCAGGAACAUCCACGACCUGACCCCCGAGGAGCUCCAGGAGUUCCUAGAUGUUUUGGACCUGGCUAAGACCAGCAUCCACCCAGACUACGUUAUUGCCACCGAGCAUUGGCUGGGACUCUUGGGACCAAAUGGAAACGAACCCCAAGUGGCAAACAUCUCUGUUUAUGACUUCUUUGUUUGGCAGCACUACUACUCCGUCCGUGACACUCUUCUAGGUCCCGGUCGUCCAUUCAAAGCAAUUGAUUUCUCACAUAAAGGACCAGCAUUCAUCACCUGGCACAGGUAUCACCUCCUCACCUUGGAAAGAGAGCUGCAGAGAUUGAGUGACAAUCCAAACUUUGCCAUCCCUUACUGGAACUUUGCCACUGGGCAGAGUGAUUGUGAUGUGUGUACUGACUCCAUGUUCGGGGGAAGAGACCCAGAAAACCCUUCCCUCAUCAGCAGCCAGUCCAGAUUCUCAAGAUGGGGGGUGAUAUGUAACAGUUUGGACGACUACAAUCGCCUGGUUACCCUUUGUAAUGGCACUAAUGAGGGUUUCAUCCAGAGAGGAAUGAUGGAGAGGGCUAACAUGUCUCUGCCCACCAUGACUGACGUCAGAAGCUGUCUUGGAAUCAGGGACUUUGACAGCCCUCCAUACUACACCAACUCCUCCUCCAGUUUUAGAAAUGCUCUUGAAGGCUACGAAAAACCUGAUGGACAAUUGGAUGAUUCAGUCACUAACCUUCACAACCUGGUCCAUGAUGUUCUCAAUGGAACCAGCUCCAUGUCUCACUCUGCAGCCAAUGACCCCAUCUUUGUGGUGCUCCAUGCCUUCACUGAUGCCAUUUUUGAUGAGUGGAUGAAAAGGUUUGCUCCCUCCAACGCCACCUUCCCCGAUGAGAUGGCCCCAAUUGGUCACAACAGAGACUACAAUAUGGUUCCGUUCUUUCCUGCAAUCACUAACCAGGACAUAUACAUUCCAUCUGAACAGCUUGGAUAUUCCUACGCUGUUGUCCUGGAUGAGACAGAUGGAGGGCCAAGUGUGUUCGUGCUAGGCUCCACUCUGGGGGGAAUCUUCAUCGGUCUCCUGGUGCUUCUCCUUAUCUUUGUGCUCUGGCUGCGUCAGCGGAGAAACAGAGGCUUUGAGCCUCUGAUAAAAGCAGACUUCAGCACAAGGAAGUACACAGAGGAAGCGUAGAGGACCACCCGUUGUUCCGAAGCAGUCUUCAGU